GAGGAAGAGCGGGAUUGUGAAACCGCGUCCCAGGAUAAGAUUACACAGCGCAGCUGGUCAUUGCAUUUUUAAAGUGUAAGCGCAGUUUUAAAGCCAGAGACAUGUCAGAUUGCUGAUUACAGCUCCUUUUUGCUACACCAAGAGAGACACGUCGCAAAAUGUUUCAGCUCGGAAGCAGAUUGGUCCAGUUUCAAUUGGCUUCAGCUCCUUCAGAAUGUCGCACACGAGAUGAGAGCAGCCAACAGUUAUCACACAGUUUAAAUGACGUUGUUGAAAAAAUAAGGAACAUUGGUGGGCUGAGAAAGGAUGCCAUUUUCUGCAACCCGCGGAUUCCUAACCAGUUUCAAACAGCUAGAGAUGAAAUCAACCUAGUUGUCCUCACAGGCCGUGGUGUGUUCUGCGUUGAUGUGAAAUGCUGGAGGGGCGAGGUGUCAGCGCAGAGCCAGAACUGGCAACUACGGCAAAAAGAAGAGGACCAAAACUUCACCAACACUUCCAUCCAACAAGUGGCUGACCCCAUCCAGGCCAUCACGACCAAAACGACUAACCUGUGGAACCACCUGAAGCGCAACGGGGUGUCCGUUCGCCAGGCGCUGUUCCAUCCCAGAGUGCUUUUUCUCUCGGCCGACUGUCACCUGGAAGAGGGGCUGAGGAAGAGGGAGGAGCUGGUGUCUCACGGCGACCUGGAACCCUUCUUGCGCUCCUUCAGGGAGGGCUAUGUGGCCUGGAUCUCUGAUGCUAUGACUCCGUCCUGGUUGUCCGGUCACCUGUCAUAUCGGCAGCUGGCAGACGUGAGGGAGGUGCUGAAGAAAAUGGGCACCUGGGACCUGGUGAGACUGCACUGCGGUGAGCAGCUGAAGGGAGACUACCAGGGCUGCCAGCACAUUGCUCUCAACCGGCAGGAGACGGACGAGCUGGAGUUCUCCAAGAUCAGGACGCUGUCUACAGAAUCGCUCUGGGCCUUGCUGGGGCACUCUCCUCAGGUGACGGUGAAGAUGUACAAGCGCGGUGGCCACGCCUGGCUCGGCAAGCCCCUGAGUGGCACCACCACCAUCCCGUCCAACGCCCAUGUAGUGUUCCGGAUCAGCGGCGAGGACACCGACGCCAAGAUCCCAGCCACCCGAAUCCGCAGCAUCUCCCUCAGCAUAUGACC